GUUUCUGGGAUUCAGAUUUAGGCCUGGUUUUAUCUGGAAACAACAAGGAUAUCCAAAGCCAAUAAUUGAGUUUAUGGCUUUUCCAAGCCCCGCCCCAGCCUCUCCUGACCAAAAUCUGGGACCAAGCUCAGAGAUUAGGAAGUGGCUGCCUGCACUAUUUUCCAAAGGAUAAAUGUUACAAAGCAUUGAAUACGGCAGCUCACCCAGAAAAUCCUACUGGUUUGGGGCAGGGGACACAUCUUCCAGCAGCCACAAGGGAUGCUGCUGCCCUGGUCUCCUCCCUGCAAGGUUUUGUGUAGAUCCUAUGCAGUGAUGGGGAAACUGCAAAGCAAACUCAAACAUAGCACUUACAAGUACAGCAGGCCCGACGGAAUUCUAGAAGAGAGAAUUCAAACUAAAGCUUGUCAGGAGUAUAGCCCAGCCCACGUGGAUACUGUGUCUGUCGUUGCUGCUCUGAGCUCAGACCUGUGUGUCUCUGGAGGAAAAGACAAGACAGCCGUGGCCUAUGACUGGAAAACUGGAAAUGUGGUGAGACGUUUCAGAGGACACGAACGAGAAAUCACUAAGAUAGCCUGUGUGCACAGAUCGAGCCAGUUCUUCAGCGCCUCUCGUGACAGGAUGGUCAUGAUGUGGGACUUGCACGGCCCCUCGCAACCAAGGCAGCAGUUCUCUGGCCACGCCAUGGUGGUCACUGGAUUGGCCGUGAGUCCAGACUCUUCACAGCUGUGUACUGGCUCUCGGGACAACACCCUGCUUCUGUGGGACGUUGGGACCGGCCAGUGUGCAGAGACAGCUUCCAUCUCCAGGAACCUGGUCACUCACUUGUGCUGGGUCCCCCAGGAACCAUAUAUACUACAGACUUCUGAAGAUAAAACCAUCAGAUUAUGGGACAGUCGGGGGCUGCAGGUAGCGCAUAUGUUUCCCACAAAGCAGCAUAUUCAGACCUACUGCGAGGUCAGUGAGGAUGGACACAAAUGUAUCUCCUGCAGCAACGGCUUUGGAGGGGAAGGCUGUGAAGCCACGUUGUGGGACCUACGGCAGACGCGGAAUAGAAUAUGUGAAUACAAGGGGCAUUUCCAGACUGUCACAUCCUGUGUCUUUCUACCAAGAGCAUUAGCCUUGAUGCCUACAGUUGCCACCUCAUCACAUGACUGCAAAGUGAAGAUUUGGAACCAAGAUACUGGAGAGACCUCGCAUUCCAUGACGCCGCGCUCUUGGCCUAAGCUGCUGGUUCCCUCUUCCUCCCCCAGCCUGCCUGUUCACCUUGUCCCUGGACGGAUCAGGACCUUUGACUUCCCUGGCUGUUGGCGACAGCGUCUCCUUGCUGUGUGCGAGUUUCAGCCGAGGAAUUCACCUGCUCAGAGUGGACUACAGCCAAGGGCUGGCACUGCGGGAGGUGGCAGCAUUCUGAGGCCAAGAGACAUUCACUUUCAAACCGUGGCCUGUCCUUUCUUAGUGUGGCUUUGUUCUUCCCUGUGAUCUUGCGGGGGGCGGGGGUGGGCGGUGAUGUGGGACCAGGGUUCUCUGCUUAGUUCCACUCAGAAGGCAUAUCAGGGUUAGAAGCCAGUUUAAGUCCAGGUGCAGUUUAGAAACAUGAACUAAACAUAAAGUUCUCCAUCGAGGUGAAAUCCAAACACAGUUUUCAGUGACCUUUUAGAACCGCUCUUCAAAAACCAAGUUUAUGGCUCCAAAUGGUGCCCUGCAUGUGUAAGAGUGAUAGGCCUCUGUGAGUCAGAACACAGGGUUGAGUCUGUCGAACUGGCCUGUUCCGUGUCUUCACGAGAGAAGAAGAUGCAGCGGGGAGGCACACCGUUCUGGCAGCCUCACGGUGAUCCAGAUGGGGAAGGACAGCGCAGCUGCAUAGCGGAAAUGGAUUGUAGACAUGAGAUUAAGCUCCAGUCACUGCUCCUCAGCAAGGUGAAGAACCAAAGUUAGGGCAAGAAAGAAGUCUUGGCUUCUACUCGGAGGAGGCGCAGAGUAGGAGGUGGCACGUCCUAGACCGGUGCUGAGGUGGCAUGAAAAUUAGACCCCAGGUGGCUUGGAAAGGCCAACAGCCCAAGGGCCUUGCCCAGAAUCCUAAUUGUCAAACCUGUUCUGUGCAUAAGAAAAUGGGGAGGUUCUGGGCGCCCAAGUGGCUCAGGUCAUGAUCUCACAGUUCGGGGGUUCGAGCCCUGAAUCGGGCUCUUUGCUGACAGCUCAGAGCCUGGAGCCUGCCUUGGUGUGUUACCCUCUGUGCCCCUUCCCCACUCGUUCUCUCUCUCUCUCUCUCUCUCUCUCUCUCUCUCUCUCAAAAAUAAACAUUAAAAAAAAGAAAGAAAGAAAAUGGAGAGGUUCCAAGAUUAAGGCUACAACAAAUUUCAUUUGUACAUUUUAAUAUUUUUAGUUAGUUUUAUAUAAACUCUUGGGAAUGGCCAGCGUGAGCCAAAUGGGAGUUUACAACAACAACAGAACAUAGAGAAAACAGAGGGAUGGACUCAACCGUGUGCUAGCUAGUGAGUCCUCCUGGGUGAGGAGGGGCACAGUGCUCGGGUCAGCCUGUGUGGCCCCCAAGACAUCAGUCCCCAGCCUGGUGCUCACAAGCCCAUUUCCUUCACGGAGGAUAGAGUCCCUCCUGCCAUCAGGCGAGUCCACACAUAAGGCAACAGAGGCCUGGGGAUUCCCUUUCUGAUGAGUCCCAACCAAAGAAAGCCUUUGUACUUGUCUUCCCUGGCCCCUGCCUGUCCCUGAUACCAAGAGAUGACAGCCAUCUUCCUUGUCUCCCUCCUGUUCCUCUUUGGGGCCAGCUUCCCCAUGGGAUGAUCUUAAGCUAGUGCAAGGUGUCAGUCCUGAGUUUGACUCUCCACUUCUCCAUUUAGCUGGGUGCACUUGGGUGUAUAAAAUAGCAGUUUCCUCACCAAUAAUGUGGAGCGAAUAAUCCCACGUUCCUGACAGUGCUGUUCUGAGGACUGAACAAAACUAUAUUAAAUGCCAAGCAAGGUAGCGGGCGCUUAUAAAGGAUAACCAUAGUUAAUUAUUGCUCUCUGUCUGGACUGAACACUCUCCUCUCCUCACAAAACAUUUACCAUUCCUUCACCCAUUCUCCUUAGAUCUUAUUUCUAAACUCUUAGUCCUUUUGUGGCUUCCCUUCGACUCCUUAAGUUACGGAUCUUUGAGGUCUGGAAGGACAAAGGGAUAGCGGGAGAGGAAGCUAUUUCACUGAGCACCCACAGCCGUCUGGAUACGUUUAUUCUCGCCACAAAUCGUGUUAUUCCCGUGUCGCAGAUGAGGAAGCUGAGGCCCGGGAACAUUCAGUCCUUUGCCCGAGGUUACACACGGAGAGAGGAAAGAGAAGAACGGAGAUCUGAGCCAGGGUCUGCCCAACUCAAAGCCAGAACACUUUCCUUCCCACUCCUUUGUCAUUGCGUGAUGUCACAAAGUUCAUUUUAGAAAUUCGUAGACUCUGACACUGUGUGUGUAUUUUCUAGACCAGUUACUAACUUUUUUGGCUCCGAGGAGACCCUCCUGGCCAGGUGCCCAGAAACCGUACACAGGUGUCUCGGGGACGGUCCUAGCGCAUCCUGAACU